UGUUGACAUUUUUAAUAAUCAUCAUUAUUUAUGUUAUUUUAUUUUUCAUUUUAACUUAAGUUAAUUGACCGCUCAAUGUGCCAUAUUAUAUACUAUAAUGGCCCCUAUUCUGGAGCAAUUUAUUGAAUGUAGUGUGUUUGUUAUAUCGGUAGAUGGUAGAGUGUUUGUCGGUGUAUUGAAGGGCUUUGACCAAUUAACGAAUCUGGUACUUUAUAACUGUUUGGAGCGAGUUUAUCAUCCAGAUGCACCGGUAGAGGAAUUGGAGCUUGGAAUCUACCUGUUACGCGGUGAUAACAUUGUAUUGGUCGGAGAAGUUGAUGUUGACGUUGAUAGAAGCAUGUCUGGUAUUGAAGCUUUACCCAUUAAUCCAGUUAUAUACUAAUUUCUUGUACACAUA